AUGGCGGCGGCCGCGGCGGGGGGUCUGAUCGGCAGGCUGGUCUCCACGCUGGAAAGCUACCGGGGGAGAGACCGAGUGAUUCGCACCCUCUGCUAUGGCUGCCAGCUGACCGGAGGGGCCCUGGCCAGGAGGGACCCUGCCAAGGCGCCCGUCGGACGCGGCCUCCUGGCCCUGGCAGCGCAGCUGAGCCACUGCCGGACCGUCUUGCGCCUUUUUGAUGACUUGGCCAUGCUGACCUACAGCUGCCAGUACGGGCUGGGGGCCAAAGAGAAUGACUUUACAGUGCGUUGGCUCUCCAUCCUUAACAACCUGGCCGACCAGCUCUACUACCCCUGUGAACACAUAGCUUGGGCUGCUGAUGCAGAGAUCAUCUAUGCCAACCCACAGAAGUGGUGGACACUCAGUACGGCGUUCUGGGGAGCCUCUCUGCUCCUGGGGAUUGCUCGAUCUCUGAGAAUCCUGGCCCAGCUCGAAAGAAAGCUGCAAACACAGUCCAGCAGCAGCAGUGGGCGGACAAGUCCCAAGGAGCUGAAGGCCCAAGCAAAGGCUGAAGUGCUGGCAAUCCUCAGCAACAUGGCUGACCUGGCCAAUGCCAUCCACUGGUUGCCUCCAGGAGUCCUCUGGGCUGGGAAGCUUCCUCAGUGGCUUGUCGGCCUUAUGGGGACAGUCUCAUCCCUCAUUGGGCUGUACCAAACCUACAUAAACAAUAACACUGGGGCAGUGUGAGAAGCAGACUCAGGCAGGGAGUCCAGCAGAAGUUCAAUUCAGGCUAUGAUCUCCCCAAGCACAGGGUUCUCCCAGGGGACAGGGCAGUUACUCCUUCCAGCUAAACACACAGUGCUCACGAGGACGGGACUGGUGGGCUGUAGGCAGGAAGCAGCACUAAGGACACCGGGAGAGAAGCCAAGUCCAGGUGAGGUGGACCUCCCCCCCCCCCAAAUUCUGGCAAACAGAGGCUUCCAGUUCCCCUCCAACUGGAGGCUCCAAGCUGGGGGAAACUCUACCGUUCAUUUGAGUGGCAGGAUUCUCCUCUGUGCAGAGGCUGACAGUUUUCCUUUUGAGAAGGAAGGAACGGGAGGAGCCAGCUGUUCAUCUCUGCACAGGUCCAGGGAAAGCUAGCCCAUAAUCUUCCUCCCAGCCUCUUCUUCCUCCCGUGGCUACUGUCUCCUGCUCAGGCCUUUGCCCCUACUCUACAUUCCUAUGGCUGUGGCCUUCCCCUAGGAUAGCAGCACCAGGUGAGCCACAUAGAGCUCCACUAGAACCAACACUGGACCUAGAGAUGGCCCCAGGGGGCUGCCAUCACUUCCACUGCCGAUCUCUGGCACCCAGGCAACAAACACAAUGAGGCCAUCACAGCAUGAAGCCAAACUACAAGCCAGAGAGGGAAACCCCACUGAGGAACACAAAACGAAUCCAAUACACUCAAAAUAGAAAUAAUUAUUGAGUAUAUG